GUUUGCACAAAUCUUCCCGUGCUGGCCUCAGGCUGCCUGCCUGCCUUCCUGGCCUGUUGCACAUCCUGCCUCUCUCUCUCCCACUCUCUGUCUGCCACCUGGGCUGCCUGCCCUGGGCCUCAGCCUGAGUUCGCCAUCACCCGAGCUGGCGAGGGCCCGGACUGGACAUCGUGGCCCACCCUCUCAUCGCCGGGCAAGGCUCCUUCCUCAUUUCGCUGCUGAUUCUAGCCCCAAACAAAACAGGUUGAGCCCUUUUCCCUCCCUCCGGCAGUUGUCUCUGGCUUGUGGCUGCUUUCUGAGCUUGCAGACAGCGCCGGCUGGAAACAGGAGGGAGGAGGGCCUGGGCCAGCCGUGGACGGGACCAGGAGGAGCUCCUGACUCCUGGCCCAUGUUCAGACCUGCUUGAGGCAUUCGACACAACAGACAGACGCCCGAGGAUGAUGGCCCAGCUGCAGUUCCGAGAUGCCUUCUGGUGCAGGGACUUCACGGCCCACACGGGAUAUGAGGUACUGCUGCAGCGGCUGCUGGAUGGCAGGAAGAUGUGCAAGGAUGUGGAGGAGCUGCUCAGGCAGAGGGCCCAGGCAGAGGAGAGGUACGGGAAGGAGCUGGUGCAGAUCGCGCGCAAGGCCGGAGGCCAGACAGAGAUCAAUUCCCUGAGGACCUCCUUUGACUCCCUGAAGCAGCAGACAGAGAACGUGGGCAGCGCACACAUCCAGCUGGCCCUGGCCCUGCGUGAGGAGCUGCGGAGCCUGGAGGAGUUCCGCGAGAGGCAGAAAGAACAGCGGAAGAAGUAUGAGGCUGUCAUGGACCGUGUCCAGAAGAGCAAGCUGUCACUCUACAAGAAGACCAUGGAGUCCAAGAAGGCCUAUGACCAGAAGUGCCGGGAUGCAGAUGACGCUGAACAGGCCUUUGAGCGCGUGAGUGCCAACGGCCACCAGAAGCAAGUAGAAAAGAGCCAGAAUAAAGCCAAGCAGUGCAAGGAGUCCGCCACAGAGGCAGAGCGAGUGUACAGGCAAAAUAUUGAACAGCUGGAAAGAGCGAGGACUGAAUGGGAGCAGGAACACCGGACUACCUGUGAGGCCUUCCAGCUGCAGGAGUUUGACCGACUGACCAUCCUCCGCAAUGCCUUAUGGGUGCACUGCAACCAGCUCUCCAUGCAGUGUGUCAAGGAUGACGAGCUCUAUGAGGAAGUGCGGCUGACACUGGAAGGCUGCGAUGUGGACAGUGACAUCAACGGCUUCAUCCAGGCCAAGAGCACUGGCAGAGAGCCCCCAGCUCCAGUGCCUUAUCAGAACUACUAUGACCGGGAAGUCACCCCGCUAAUCGGCAGCCCUAGUGUCCAGCCAUCCUGCGGUAUGAUAAAGAGGUUCUCUGGGCUACUGCACGGAAGUCCUAAGACCACAUCGUCUCAGCCACCUGCUGCUUCCACAGAGACUCUGACCUCCACUCCUGAGCGGAACGAGUUGGUCUAUGCAGCCAUCGAUGUGCAGGCAACGCAGGGGAACCUUGACGCGUCAGCUCAGGACUACCGGGCACUCUACGACUAUACGGCACAGAAUCCCGAUGAGCUGGACAUUUCUGCGGGAGACAUUCUGGUGGUCAUCUUGGAAGGAGAGGACGGCUGGUGGACUGUGGAGCGGAAUGGACAGCGAGGCUUUGUCCCUGGGUCCUACCUAGAGAAGCUCUGAGGACAAAGACAGACUAGUGUCCACACACCUCUGCCCUACGGGGAGGUCAGGACUGUUCUCACCACUGCCCAGGCCUCGUGGGGGCAGAACCAAACUUGGCUGCCCUGGGGAUGGGUGCUGGCUACACCCAGUGUGUUUCUCCCAGAAGGAAUAAAGGGGCGCAUUCUUCCUU